GGACAGCCCCGGCAGAGGCUCGGGAGCAGCGGGAGGAGCGGGACAGCCCCGGCAGAGCUCGGGAGGAGCGGGACAGCCCCGGGAGGAGCGGGAGGAGCCGGAGGCCGGCACAGCCCCGGCCGUGACCUGGAAGCGAAGGGCCCUCAGCGGAUCAACUUCCCGGGUUCGCGGAAGGACGCUGCGGGGCCGGGAUGCAGCUGGCGAGCAGCAGGCUGUAGCUGAUGCCCAGGCCCCCGUGGAAUGAUGCCGUCGCGGACCAAUCUCUCUGCUGGGAUUCCCAGUAGCAAAGUCAAAUAUUCCAAGCUCUCCAGCACCGAUGAUGGAUAUAUUGACCUGCAGUUCAAGAAGAGCCCACCAAAAAUCCCCUACAAGGCCAUCGCCCUAGCUGUGGUGCUCUUCAUGAUUGGGACCUUCCUCAUCAUCAUCGGAGCCCUGCUUCUGGCAGGUUACAUCAGCAAAGGUGAGACAGACCGGGCCAUCCCUGUGCUGAUCAUCGGCAUCCUGGUGUUCCUGCCAGGCUUUUACCACCUGCGCAUCGCCUACUACGCCUCCAAGGGCUACCGGGGCUACUCCUACGACGACAUCCCCGACUUUGAUGACUGAGCCRUUAAUUAAUCCCACUCUAAUAGGUGUCAGAGUGCACUGAAGACUGUUCUGGGCUUUAGCUGCUGUCGCCUCCACCUCCCAAGUGCUGCUGAAGUGAGUGAGGGAGUGAGGCAGCAGCUCUGGAACAGCCCCAUCUGCUCUGGAACAGCUCCCCAGCACCCUCGGCCUGCCUUGGGGCAGAGGUGGGAUUGCUGCACUGGGGAGGAUAAUCCUGAGUGCCCAGGGUGAGCAGGUGCUGCUUCACAAGGUCAGGAGUCACUCUUUGAACUCUGGCCUUGGUUAAAUGGGAAAAGACCCUGAGUUGGAAGGGCUUUGUCUCAGGUCCAAACCCCGUUCCUUUUGCUGUGCAGGGUAACCCCAGCAGUGUCAGUCUGAACAUGGCACUCUAGAAUUGUCACGUGAGCCUCAGGUGGGCUGAACAUUCUGGAAGGUGGGGGCAGGGUCAGAGCAGAGCAAGUCCAUGGAGGUGCCCACAAGAUCAGGGCUGGACAAAAACCUUGCUCUGAACAUACUCCUAGAAUUGCCUUUUUUCUUCCUUCAGUGCUCCAGAAUAAACCCAAAACCUAAACCAAGUUAUUUUUUUUUAACCUACAUCUCUUCCUUCAUUUGUCUCAAUUCCCUUGUGUGAAUCCCAGUGCUGCACUCUGAGGAAUAACUGAUUAAAUUCAGUAUCGCCCUUUUUGCCUCUGAAGGCACAACUGGGCAUGUUCUCUUCCUGCUGCCAGCCCCAGCUCCCAGGAUAGGAGARGGGACAUGGGACAUGUGCUGCUGGCAGYAGCUGGAAUGUGKCAAUUAAAGCUGGGUCUGGCCAGGAGAGCAGCUGCUGAUGUCAAAUCAUGAAUCAGCCUCUCUCAGGGGACAWGAACAAAGUGGGUUUAUUUGGAUUUAGAGAAAGGGGAGAGGAAGUGGAAGGGAAGUUUAGAUGGAAAAAGCAGAGAGGGAGGGAGAAGAUGCUUUAAGUGAGAUGGACAAAAUGCUGCUGGUUGGGAAGGAGGUCACCUAAGUGGGAUAAAAAAAUGUAGAGGACAGGAGAAGAAACUGGGCUUUGAUGAUCCUUGUGGGUUCCUUCCAGCUUAGGACAGUCUAUGAUUCUGCAAUUCUGAGAAUAUGCUGACAUUCCUGGAGGAAAGGAAUGAAUUAAUUUAUUAUUCUUUAACAGAAGCAAAGUCCUCAGGCAGCACAGUGGAUARAUAAGCAGGGCUGUGUGCAGGAUGGCCAGAAGAAAAAGUCCUCUCUACAAGGGUUGGUUUAUAUCUAAUUGAUGGGAAACAAGGAAACACUUGUGGGAAAGAAAAAGUAGAUUCCAACCACUGGAAAUACGUGGAUCCACAUGACUUCAUUCUUCAAGCUGACAUCCUACAUUCAAAGCACAGUUUUCCUCCAGUACAAAGUCUCCAUGUCUAUUAAACAGUCUAUUAAUUUUCUAGCUAUACUGUACCUAAUGUCCAGGCUUCUUUUUUUUUCUUGCAAAAUAGCACAAGUUUACCUUGAUUUUAGGAGCUUGUAAACCUUUWCUGCAAACACAGGUGAGCCUGGUCCCUGUCUGGUAUUGGUUCUGUUCAGGUGAAGRUUUGAGGGUACUCAGAGCUGUCAGAUUUGUUGCAACAUGACAGAAGGAUGAAGUUUUCCUCCCAGGCAGGGCUGUUGUUUCUGUGUCUCUGUGCUGAUAUAUUGCAAUAAAAUCUGUUGAAUCUUC